AUGGCGCGGACGAUAGCAAACCGCACAUACGGCAAGACGUCGACAAAGGCCAAGGCACGGCGCCUAUUUGGCGAACUACCGCAAAGCCCAAUACGGAAACCCAAGACGACGGUCGCAGUGGCUGUGGACUCUGAAGAUGAAUCAGUCAUAAAAAUCACCGAAAGGCUCGAUGCCGUUGCACUUGCGGCCGAGUACGACUCUUCGGAAGAUGAGCUGUCCAGGGACUUCAGCUCAAUCGCUGUGGAAUCCCCACCAAAGCCGAAAAAGCAAGUCUCUCCAAGGCGGCAAGUCCUAUCUCCCAAUAAAUCAGUAAAGCCGUCUCCAAAACCCGUCAAGGCGGCAACUCCAAAAUCCAAGACCCCAAAGCCUGCAGAAGUUGAAAGAGCCGUAGCUCCAGAGAUUCAAAUCUCAGAGCCAGAACAGGCAAGGCCGGAUUAUCGCAUUCUCGCCUGGGAUGAGGUUUGUCCACCAGGGGAUACCAUUGAGAAGAUUGCCGAGGCAUCUUAUGCGGAGGUUUACCGCGUUCGAAAUGAGAGAGGUACCAGCAUCAUCAAGUGCAUCCGCCUUGAAUCACCCAUCAAGCCUCAAACCAAGGCGCAAGAGCGAUCUGGUCUCGUCGACGAGGAGCCACAUUCUGAGGAUGAUAUGCGCGGUGAGUUGCGCAUAUCCGAGUGGCUUGCCGACAUCCCUGGUUUCGUGGUCUACAAGGAACGCUAUCUUGUGCAGGGUAAAGCGCCAAAAUGUCUGUUGGAGACGCACCAGGCCUUUCAUCGGAAGAUGAAGCGCAAGGACCCGGAUAGACUGCAGUUCUACCCAAGCCCGAGUCGUUAUCUUGCCGAUACGACGUUUCUGGUUGUUGAGUUGGGCGACGCAGGGACGGCACUCGAGGAUUUUGAGUUGGCGAAUUCGAGUCAGUUGUGGGAUAUCUUCUUCCUGGUUGCCAUUGCCUUGGCGAGGGCAGAGGAUUUGAACUGCUUUGAGCAUCGCGAUCUCCACGAGGGCAACCUUUGUAUACGACGGACAGAAGAGCCACAGACUCGUGAUCGCAGUAAAGCAGGUCCUUACUUUGGUUACUCGGGUCUCGACAUCACGAUCCUCGACUAUGGUCUUUCUCGAGCCGAGGACCUUACCGUUGACGAAUCUGAGCCUAUCGCGCUCGAUCUGGAGAAAGAACUCAGUAUCUUUACUAGCACGCAUGCGCCCCAGUGCAAGGUUUACCGCCAAAUGCGAUCAUUUCUGAUGCGUGGCGAGCGCGGCUGUCUUCCCCCAACUGCACACAACUCGCCAUACCCCAAGGCGGCUGACGGCGAGAUGUUAUCUUGGGAUGUGUAUGUGCCGUAUACAAACGUUUUGUGGCUAGCGUACCUGUACCAGUACAUGAUCAAGGGGUUCAAGGGCGACAAGAAGGAUGUGGCCGAAUUCAAGAAGGCCACAAAGGAGCUUUGGAAAUACCUGGACCCGGACGCUAAGGCAGGUGUGCCGGCGUUUGGAUGUGCAGCAGACGUGGUGAGGUUCGCUGUUGAGGCUGGCUGGAUAGAUGAGCAGCAGUUGAUGGGGGGUGAAGAAGAAAGAGAGGAAAGCAUCAUUCUUUCGCGGGAGGAAGUGGAGGAUCUGAGAAGGUCCCCAAGAAGGGCACGAUGA